GGGCGUGCCCAGGGUCAGCUGGCCAUGGAGGGGGCUCUGACCGCCCGAGACCGCGUGGGGAUCCAGGACUUUGUCCUGCUGGACGCCCACACCAGCGAGACUGCUUUCCUAGACAACCUGAAAAAACGCUUCAGUGAGGACCUCAUCUAUGUGAGUUUGGAAGUGGUCGACUUAGUACCAACAUUACAUAACACACAUAGCAUGAUGUAUAAUGACACCACUUGCAGACCCUACUUGUUGCAAUAGUUUAAGGAAAUAUAUAUUAUAAACAACAUUCUGGGAACUAUCAACUUACAGAUAUUAACCAGUUUUUUCUUCUUCACAUUAAGACCUAUAUAGGCACUCUGCUAGUGUCUGUGAACCCCUACAAAGAGUUGGAUAUCUACAGUAAAAAACUGAUGGAUAUAUACAUGGGUGUCAACUUUUUUGAGCUUCCACCGCAUAUGUGAGUGUCAUAUAAUUAGCACGCCAAUGUGUGUGUAUGUGUUUUUGCAUGUCUAUUUGCAUGUUAAAAUCGUUUUGGUUGUCACUUGUGAGAGGAAAUGCCAAACCACGGGAUAAGCCCACACAUGAUAUACUGGUCAUUCUACAGAAGGGGUGCAAAUUGGGGGUUGAAUUAUAUACUACUCACACACUUUGUUUAUAUUGCAUAUAUGAAAUAUUCCCUGAAUUCCUUAUCACCGCACUAAAUUGGUCACUACCGAAACACAGUGAAACAUCUGCAAUGAAGGGAGAACCAUGCACAGUAGUGAUAAUUUCGAUUAGCCUUCUAUUACAUAUUCAUUUUUAGAAAUGUUACUUGCAUACCAAAUUAACAAAAUAGUCAAAACAUGAUUUUUAAACUGAUUUUUAAAACCUUUAAAUAGAAUUUAGAGAAAUAUGAUUUAUAUUGUUGUCUUUAAAAUGUUCAAUGUUGAUUGUAUGAAUCUGAAACUUGUUGAUUGAUUGAAUUACUUAUGCAUCUAAUUAAUUAUGUUGUUAGAUGUUUAAAUGAUCACUUUACCUAUCUUUAUUUUGACAAAAUAACAGGUGUUUCAGUGUCAAGUGUCACUCAUAGAGAUAAAUGGAGGACUGUAGAUGGCUAUAACUCAUUUAAUAUAGACAUUGCCAUUGAGGGCUUCCACCAUUUAAAAGUAGUCAACUAUGUGGGAAUUCCUAUGGCUUGGGAGUGAUCAGCCAAUGAUCAGAGAGCAUCAAAUUGAGCAUCAAAUUGGGAUGCCUAUGGUUUGUAAACCAAAGACUAAAGUAAUAUCCGGAAGCCAAGACCAAGAUUUAUCCCAAGAUCCAGACCCAGACCCAGUGAGUUAAAGACCGAAUUUAUGUGGUCUUGAGUGGUUUCAAGACCAAGACCAGUAAAUCAAGAGUCCAUGGGCCCUUUCUUCAUUUGUAAGAAACUCAAUUAGAGUAAACUCUAAUACAGUACAGUACAGUAGAGUACAGUAGAGUAGGGUACAGUACAGUACAGAACAGUAUAGUAGAGCGUGGUACAGUAGAGUACAGUACAGUAGGGUACAGUAGAGUAGGGUACAGUAGAGCACAGUACAGUAUAGCACAUAAUAGAUGUCAAUGUUUGGGCUCUUGGAUGGCUGGAGCCCCCCUGCUGGCUAUGCAUCUCAAUACUUGACACUUUUUCCUGAAAUGUGCACUUGCCCACUACCCACAUGGUGGUCCUCUUUUUUGACUUAUUUUGGAAUCCCCAUAGCUGAAGAAAUAGGAAAAAGUAUCAGCACACUUCCAGUCAGAUGCAAAUGUAUUUAAAUUAUAGCUGAGCUUUAAUUAAAAGAUAGUGGGUCAGAUAAGGCCACACAGCGAGCCAGAGGUAAUUGCAGACACCCGUGGUAAUCUGAAGUACCCAAAAGGGCCACUAGAUGUCAUAAUAUCAAAUGAAUUAUAGGAUAGAACAGUACAUGUUAUAGAUGUAUUUCUACUAGAACAAAACACAUGUACACAGGGAAUACCCAUAGCUAACAUAUGGCUGGCUAUCUUUCAUUUGGACAGAUGUACAUCCCAGCAAACAUAUAUUUUAGUACCAAAACCAUACAUGACAUAUUUCUUGAUAUAGAUGUUUGGUAGUGAAAAUACAUGAAGAUUUACCAACUUGCUCACACAUUUUCUCCAAAAUGUUUGCAGACAGACUACUCACCAUGUGGCCAUGCUGGAGAGGGGUGCAAUUCCAUCACCUGGUGAUAUUUGUAGGGGUGUGGCUUAAGGCACAUUCAUAUUACAGUAUUUUAAUGUGUGUUUCGGUAGUGACAUCAAAAGGUGGGACAGCAUUUUUUUGAGAAUGAUGUUUAAAAAAGAUCAAAACUACUUAUUAGAUCAGUAUCUUUCAAUGUAAUAAUAGAACAACUCGAGAUGUUCUACUGAAGUAAUAGUGUUAAAACAAAUGUAAAAUCAUUAAUUGCUUUAUUUUCAAACAUGAAGUUUAGGAGUCAGGGUUUGGGACAACUACCUCUCAAUAGAUAUAGGUGUAUAAACAAUGACUUUGUACUAUGUUAAUUUAACAAUAUGUUUAUUAUUGCCUUGGAUUGAAUUAGAACAUAUCAUGAUGUAAAUAAAUGUCCGACGUUUGGAGACUUAACUGUUUUGUUAAAUAGUUUUAUUGGGGUGGACUGCAAUUUGCACCACUUCUGUAGAAUCACCCAUAUACAACAUUUAUACAGUGCUUAUACGGCUGUCUGACAAAAUACCAUAGGUGGGUCCAGGACUAAAGCAUGGGAGCAGCAUAUACCAUUAUUAUCAUCAUUUUCUGGCCUAGCAUCGGUGAAGAAAUUUGAAAUGUGGAAUGUGAACAUGCAUUUCACUUGAAACACUAUAUUUCUGUAGUUAUGCCCUGGCGGACAAUGCCUACCACACCAUGCUGACUGAGGCCAACAACCACUUCAUCCUCAUCUCUGGGGAGAGUGGUGCCGGCAAGACAGAGGCUUCCAAAAAGAUCCUGCAGUACUAUGCUGUGAGCUGCCCAAGUACCACCCUAUUGGACAGCGUCAGAGACCGGAUGCUGGUGUCCAACCCUGUGCUGGAGGUCUGAUCGGACAGUUCCCAUCAUUCACUAUUAUCACAAAUCUGGUCAGAUCUUGUCCCAGAUCUGUUUGUGCUGUCUCGCCAUUGUGCUGUGCUAUGGUCAUUGUCAUCAUGGCUAUAUAGUACAAACAGAUCUGGGACCAGGCUAUCACACACCCUGGAUUACAUAGUAGUGAACCUCUCAGUGACUAACACCUUUGUUUCCUCCACAGGCUUUCGGCAACUCCAAAACACUGAAGAAUGACAACUCUAGCCGCUUCGGGAAGUACAUGGAUAUCCAGUUUGACAUCCAGGUAAGGAUGGAUGGAGACUAUGGGCUGACGUAAGCAGAAGACAUACCAGGGUAUUGUUUCUUUCAAAUAAUUUUGCUGUGCUUGAUUGUGCAAUGGAGAUAAAUUGCAAUCCCCACCCAUCUGGCACUCUAGACAGGCUCAACCAAAGGCUCAAAAGAUGAAAAAGAAUACCAAUACUAUUUCAACCCAGGGCCCAUAUUCACAAAGCUUGUGAAUAGAGUAGGAGUGCUGAUCUAGGAUCCGUUUUGCCAUUAUAUUGAAUAAGAAGGGGUGACCUGAUCCUCGAUCAACACUCCUACUCUGAGACGAUUCGUGAAUACAGGUCCAGGUCUGGUAAGCAGUUUGUUGACGCUAAUUUGAUCAUUGAUCAUUGUCACAUGUUCGGCACUCUCAGGGGGAUGCCGUGGGGGGCCACAUCCUGAGCUACCUGCUGGAGAAGUCCAGAGUGGUCCACCAGAACCACGGAGAGAGGAACUUCCACAUCUUCUACCAGCUGGUGAAGGGAGGAGAGGAAGACCUGCUGCAUCAGCUAGGCCUCGAGAGCAACUGCCAGCACUACAGCUACCUGGUGCAAGUAUGGGCUACCACUGUGGUUCAACUGAUGUGCUAGCUCGGACUAGGCUAACUGGUGCAUGCAUGGGCAACCACUGUAGUCCGCUGACGGGCUAGCUAGAGCUAGGCCAACUGGUGGGUGCCAUGCAUGGGUGCCACUCUAAUGGUGCCACUCUCUCAAAAAGGGCGAGUGUGCCAACGUGACCUCAAUCAAUGACAAGAAUGACUGGAAGACAGUGAGAAACGCCCUGUCCGUCAUCGACUUUGACGAGAGUGACAUACAAGUGAGUUGCUGUCACACUGUUUGUGGAAACAGCUUUUGUGAUGACAUUCAUUGAAUUGCUUAUUGUACUAUACUGUGCACUACUACGCUGUACAUCAUUUUGCUUUAUGUGUUUUAGAGGGGAGCUGCUUACACACAGCUGGCCACCACCUCAACCCUAACCCUAACCCCCACGUCUCCAUUCUCCACAGCACCUGUUUGGGAUCAUAGCAAGCGUCCUCCACUUAGGGAACGUGCCGUUUGAGCCUGACAGCAAAGGCUACGCCACGUUGAACAACAAUGCAGAGCUCCGCUGGGUGUCAACAGUAAGCCUUGUCAGUCCUUAGACACUCCACAACACCAUGCCAAUGCUUUGCAGACCACAGUCCCUGCACUUUGCUAACUUUGUGUUGUGUGUGAUCAUCUGCAGUUGCUGGGCGUCAAUGUUCAAGUGCUGCAGGAGGGGCUGACAUCCAGGAAGAUUGAGGCCAAAACAGAUGAGGUGAGAAGGAGAAGAGGAGUGAUGAAUUAAUACAUGAAUGAAUUAAUGAAUGAAUGUGAAGAGAGAAGGCAGGGACUACACUCACUAAUAAUAGACAUUUCUAACAUAACUCACUUGUCAGGUCAGGUAGUUUGUGUACCUUCUUUUUCAUCACCAUCCAGGUGCUCAGCCCGUUCACAGUGGACCAUGCCAUCUAUGCCAGAGAUGCCCUGGCCAAAGCCAUCUAUGGACGCACCUUUACCUGGCUGGUCAAUAAAAUCAAUGAGUCCAUGGAGAAUAAGGUUAGCAGAUACAGUAAGUGAAAAGUACAUGUCAAGAUAAAACAGGAGCAUUGUUGAUCCGUGUGAAUGACCACAGUUUCCUGAAAUCUUUUCGACAGGACUCAUCAAGGAAGACAGUAAUUGGUCUCCUAGACAUAUAUGGCUUUGAGGUUUUCUAUGUCAACAGGUAGGUGGAACUAAGUUGUGCAGCACAUUGUAGAAAAUUAUUGGGCUACAUUUUAAUGUGCACUUCAAUUGACAUCUGUUGUCUGUCAAUUCCAGUUUUGAACAGUUCUGUAUAAACUACUGCAACGAGAAACUGCAGCAGCUUUUUAUCCAGCUGACAUUAAAAUCGGAGCAGGAGGAGUAUGAAGAAGAGAGCAUUGGG